GUUGCUAAAAGGAAAAGUAGAAGAAACAAACUUUCAAGAUGAGCUAUUAUUACCCAAAAUUGAGCAUCAUAACAUGUUCCUUCUUCAUGUUUUUUGCUUCAUUUGUCUCUGCUUUGCCCAAGAUGUUUGAUAUAAUAACAUAUGGUGCAGUACCUAAUGGAGACAUAACCCAAGCUUUUACAAAUGCUUGGAAUGAUGCAUGUGCAUCAAAUGUUAGCAGCAAAGUAAUGGUUCCAAGAGGAACAUUCAAGAUGAAUGGUCUGCGUUUGAAAGGACAUUGCAAGGCCCCUAUUGAAGUUAAAGUUGAUGGAACAAUCCUAGGCCCAAAAAUUCCUAGUGACCUCAAAAAGGAAAGAACCUGGCUUAGCUUUUCAUACAUUAACUCAUUCACUUUAUCAGGUUCUGGAAUUUUUGAUGGUCAAGGUGUUAGUCAUCCCUGGAAAGAAGAUGAUUGUACAAAACAAAAUGAAGCUUGCAAGCCCUAUAAUUUAGCAUUCAAUUUCAUCAACAACUCAAUUAUUCGAGGGGUAACUACAAAGGAUAGCAGAGGCUUUCAUGUGAAUGUAUUGUCAUGCAAUAAUGUAACAAUUGAUGCCUUCACAGUGAGUGCUCCAGCAGAAAGUAUCAACACCGAUGGACUUCACAUCUCAAGGUCUACCAAUGUGAGCGUUAUAAACUCCAAAAUUGAGACAGGAGAUGAUUGUGUCUCACUAGGUGAUGGAGACAGGCAAAUAACAGUGCGAAAUGUGUAUUGUGGACCUGGCCAUGGCAUCAGUGUUGGGAGCCUUGGAGGGGACCCGGAAGAACUUCCUUUGGAUGGCUUCACUGUUAGGAAUUGCACUCUUAAUGGUACAUCUAAUGGUGUUAGGGUUAAGACUUGGGCUGAUAAACCAGGAACUAUGUUAAUCUCCAAUCUUCUUUUUGAGGACAUCACCAUGAUCAAUGUCCAAACUCCAAUCAUCAUAGAUCAAGAGUAUUGUCCAUCGAAAAAAUGCUCCAACAAGAACCCAUCAAAGAUACAGAUAAGCAAUGUGACAUUCAAGAAUAUCAGAGGCACAUCAGAGUUUGAAUAUGCAGUAGUUCUAAAUUGCAGUAAAGAGAAACCAUGUAAGAAUGUGCAGUUUAACAAUGUUGACAUCAAACUAUCCAACGGAUCUCUCCCAUUAGCAACAUGUAUUAAUGUUGACCCUAUAGAAAUUGGAAAGACAGCUCCUUCUUGUAAACCUUAGCACCCUAGAAUCAAGGCCUCCCAUGGCCUCUUUGUCUCCUAGCGUAGGAUAGAAUAUAUGCAUCCCCGAAUUCAGGUGGGUGAUGAGUAUUUGUAGUUCUUAAGAAUAAGUAUUGGAAAAUUGUGCUGUGUUGUAAAGAUUCUUUCCCUACGAUAAUGCAUGCAUGGAAACAUUAUCUCA